UGGAAAAAUCCAAGGAAUUUCAGAGUCCGAGUCCUUUACAAAGGAAUUCACAAAAUCAUUCAAAAAUUCAAAAUGGCUAAAAUUAUUGAAUUGGAUGAAAAGCAAACUACACAAAGUAAAGCGAAGAAAAAGACGUCAAAAGUGAAUAAAAAUCGCAACAAAUCGGAGGAAAUUGCAGCUGUGUCUGUAGUCCAACGAAUUGUUGCCGUGGUUGUAAUUAUUGCCGCUUAUAUUUACGGCCGUGACUAUUUUUUAAAACGCUAUAUAAUUGGAGACGAUUUUGAAACUUUUGCCGCUGUUUCCGAGUAUAUUUCGGAGAGGUCAACGUCUGUGACUUGUUCAAAGGAUUACGGCAGCGAGUUUAAAGCGUGUAUACCCAAAAAAUGUGGACGGUUUGUGAUGGACUCGGUCGUUAGCAAACAGUUAGCAAAAAGCUUGAGAAAGUUGGCGGAAAAGGGCAUGAGUCAUGGAGGGGGGAGCGGGGGUGCCACCAUACUUGACCUGCACUCAGGUGCUUUGUCGGUCGGAGACAAAUUUGUGAAUGUCUACAAGAUCACAGGCAAAAGUGAUGAACCUGUGUUCUCCGAAGCUGAUUUUGAAAUAUACAAGUCCGUUAAACAAAAGAUCCUUUUGGCUGUAGCACAAAAGUUCGGUAUCGAUCCAAAUGUUUUGUAUCUGACAAAUCCGACAUUUUUCUCGAGGAUGACAGCAAAGCCCGCUGUAACUCUUCACGACGAAUAUUGGCAUCCACACAUAGAUAAGGUCACUUAUGGUUCAUUCUUUUAUACAUCCUUACUCUAUUUAAGUGAUAGUGCCAAGGAUUUUUCAGGAGGUCGAUUCGUCUUUGUCAAUAAAGAUGUAAAUACGACAGUUGAGCCAAGACUAGGUCGGCUAUCGUUCUUCACGUCCGGAUCUGAAAAUGAGCAUUUUGUGGAGAAAGUCGAGGGAGGAACACGUUUUGCAAUUACAGUCUCAUUUACUUGUGAUAAACAGUUUGCGAUUAGUGACCCUACUGGAAGAUAAGCUAACUUUAGAAUUGAUCACUUUGGCUGAUCACAAGUUUUGUGACUUUGUUAAGUAAUUUUAAAUUUUGCUGGAAAUUUCGUAACUUUUUUGACAAUUUCGUUGGGUUCAUUUGACAAUAAAAUUGUAAAGUUUCACAAAUAGUUUUGUAAGCAUAGCAUACAGUCAGUUUAACAAACCAGAGAGUUGUGAAAUUAAUUGUGUUGACAUUUCUGAUAAACUUGAUAACUGUCUUACCAACCUUACCUCGAACCUUACAGCAAAAUUCAAAAUUACCAAACAAGCCUCAGAAAAUUGCCAAAGUUUUGAAAAGUAAAAAAAUGGCCUGUGCAUAUCAGACUGAAUUGCUGGGAUCAAAUCAUGAGUGAGACAAAUUAUAACUGUGUUCGUGACAUGAUUAUUUUUAAAUACGCAGCCAGUAGCGUAGCCAGCCCGACUAUUUGGUCCCGCUAUGCAAAUAUUUCAAUUUUCAUUGACUGUGAAAACAAUCAAUUUCAAAAGAAAUGAAUGAUAAUAAUUUUGAAUUUGCAUAGCGGGACUAAAUUGUCGGGCUGGCUACGCCACUGUACGCAGCAACACUAUAAAAUAUUUGAACACUAUAAAAUCUCCUGUAUUUUGACUUAUGAUUUCAAAAAGCCCAUCGGGUUUGGUACAAAAUUUGUCUAAAAAGAUAUUUCAAGCAAUUUUUGUAGUAGGCAAAGUAAAUGGUGAUAAGCUUUAAAAGUAAAGUCGUAAAGACUAAAUGGUUUACUUUAUUUAAUCCACUAUUUCAAGGUGUUAUUGUCCUUAUUUAUAUAAGAUAAAAAAUAGAAAGUUUGUCAUGUACUUAUUCAAGAUAUUCAUGAUUUAUUUUAGUAAAGCUUGUCAAAUGGAAAUAAAAUAGGUGUUUGUGUA